AUGGCAACCAUGGAAUCGAAAACCACGGUGGAUGUCUCUAGAAGUGAGGAGGAUCUAGUUGAACGGGGAAAGUUGGAUCAUGGACUUCGCGCUUGGACAGUCGUGCUUGGAGCAUGGUGCUGUCUAUUUUGCGCUUUUGGCUGGGUAAAUGCCAUUGGCAUUUUUCAGGAGUACUACCAGGACAAUCAAUUACAUUCUUAUUCAGCGUCCAGCAUCUCUUGGAUUUUAUCUUUGGAGCCAUUUGUACUCUUUGCGGCUGGACUUGUCACUGGAAGAAUAUUCGAUAACUAUGGCCCAAAGUGGCUCCUUCUUGCUGGGACAUGUCUUCACGUCUUUGGUAUUAUGAUGACUUCCAUAUCGACGGAGUACUAUCAAUUUCUGCUAGCCCAAGGAAUCUGCAGUCCCCUUGGUGCAAGCUUCGUCUUUUCGUCCGCACUUUCCUGUACCGCGACAUGGUUCGAGAAACGCCGUGCCUUGGCUUUUGGAAUCGUUUCCAGCGGCUCGUCACUGGGCGGUGUUGUCUUCCCAAUCCUGCUGUCUCGGCUCUUGCCUACUAUUGGGUUCGGAUGGUCUCUGCGUAUUUCUGGAUUCAUCGUCCUUGCACUCCUGAUAAUUGCCAACGUGACUGUCCGAUCGAGAAUUCAGAACGUUCCCCGGCCAGUGAAGCUGAGUGAUUAUAUGAGUCCACUUUCGGAGGUACCGUUUGUCUUGCUUAUGCUGGCAUCCUGUUGUGGAUUCUUCGCCAUGUUUGUGCCAAUCAGCUAUAUCGUUUUAGAGGCUCAGGAUGAUGGAAUCAACCGCGAUCUAGCUGGGUACUUGUUGACUAUACUUAAUGCCGCCAGUCUCCCUGGUCGAAUUCUACCAGGGUACCUAGGGGAUAAACUGGGCCGAUUCAACGUCAUGAUUUCCAUGUGCGCCUUGUCCGCCGCCGUUAUCCUAGCCCUCUGGCUUCCAGGAACACUCCUCUCUCCAGGAAAUGCGGCCAUCUAUGUUGUAUUUAGCAUGUUAUAUGGGUUUGCAUCGGGUGCCUUUGUGGGAAUGGUACCCGCCUUACUAGGCCAGAUCUCGUCCGACGUGACCAAGAUCGGUGUUCGUCAGGGCGUUUUAUUUACUUGCAUCAGUAUUGCAUCGCUCACAGGAAGUCCCAUUGCGGGAGCAAUCUUGAGCAGACAAAACGGGACCUACUGGGGAUUACAGGUAUUUGGGGGUGCAAUGAUGGUAGCAAGUGUAUUCUUCUUCAUUGCAGCGAGAGCGGCACUUGCAGGACUGUCUAUCACACAAAAGGUCUAA